UCAAAAGAGUGAGAAAAAAAGGCCCAUUGCGCUCUCGCGAGAGGAGGAAUAGUGGUGACGCAGCUGAGGGGCAAAAUCAGGCUGUGCGGCCUUUCCGAAUCUCGUUGUGUGUCGUGCUGCUGUGUGUAGAGAACCCAUUGUAGCGAGAAUGGCGGAGAUUGAUCAACAAGACUCCCAGGACGCCCUGAACAACAGCAGCGACAACAGCCUGUGCGAGGACGCCAGUUUUGCGGAGGAAACGAACGGCGUCAAAAAUGAGAGUGAAGACCAGGUUAAAGAAGAAAAGACUUCUUUAAAGGAGAAAACUACUGGAAAUAGGAAAACAAACAGGUUCCAUCCAUAUGGAAAAGAUAAAGGGCCAGGAGAAAAGAAGGGCCAGAGUCGCAACAGAGUUUUUAUCAGUAAUAUUCCCUAUGACAUGAAGUGGCAAGCUAUAAAAGACCUUAUGAGGGACAAAGGGUAGCGGAGUUGUAGAAUUUAGAGAUAUGGAGUAUGUUACAAAAGCUGUAGAAGUAAUGAACAAACAUGAUCUAAAUGGGCGACCACUUAACAUCAAAGCAGAUCCUGAUGGAGAGCAUGCUAGAAGAGCUCUGUCACGUGGUGGUGGUGGUGGAGGAGGAGCAGGAGGAGGACCAUUCCCAGGGGGUCAUGGUUCAGAUAUGGCUCCUGGAAUGACAAAUAUACCACCCUCCAUUGUUAAUAAUCCCAACAUCCCACCAGAGAUAAUUGGUGCACUGAGAGCCGGACGACUGGGAACAACAGUGUUUGUUGCAAAUCUUGAUUUUAAAGUUGGUUGGAAGAAACUGAAGGAGGUAUUCUGCAUCGCAGGAACCGUAAAGCGAGCAGAUAUAAAGGAGGAUAAAGAUGGCAAGAGCCGUGGAAUGGGAACAGUCACCUUUGAACAACCAAUUGAAGCUGUGCAAGCUAUUUCUAUGUUCAAUGGCCAGUUUUUGUUUGAUAGGCCUAUGCAUGUGAAAAUGGAUGACAAAUCACUCCCACAUGAUGAUUUUGCAGACUGUAAAACAGCUCAGUUGCCACGUGGACUGGGUGGUAUUGGAAUGGGGCUUGGACCUGGUGGACAGCCAAUCGCUGCCAACCAAAUGAGCAUGGGAAGUGGAAUGGGAAAUAUGGGUCCUGGAGGUAUGGGUAUGGAAGGUCCUGGUUUUGGAACAAUGAACAGGAUGGGAGGAAGUGGAUAUGGCAGCAUGGAAGGGAUUAAUAACAUGUCUGGAUUUAGCGGAAUGAACAGAAUGACAGGACUUGGUGGUGUGGAUGAAUUCAGAGGGAGUUUGGGUGCUGGCAUAAGUGGAGGCAUGGGUGGAAUGGGAACUAGCAUGGGCGGCAUGUCAAGUGGCAUGGGAGAUAUGUUCCGUGGAGGAAUGGGAGGUGGCAUUGAUAGAGACUUCGGUCGCAGUGAAAUUGGCUUGAAUCGUGGGUUUGGAGAUUCUUUUGGAGGAAUGAGUGGUGCCAUGGUUGGAGGCUUUGGUGGAAUGGGUUCUUCUACAAUGGGUCCUCUGGGCUCUGGAAUGAACAGUGGAAUGAGCGCAGUAAAUUCAAUGGCUAUGGGGCUUGGUAUGGAUCGAAUGAGCAGUAGCUUUGACCGACUGGGUGGUCUGGACCGGACAAUGGAUAUGGACAGAGGAUUUGGAGGAUAUGGAUCUGCUCAGUUGGGUAGUGGAUCCAGAGAUAGAGGAAUGUCUAAAGGAUGCCAAAUAUUUGUAAGAAAUCUUCCAUUUGACCUAACCUGGCAAAAACUGAAAGAGAAGUUUAAUCAGUGUGGUCGAGUAAUGUUUGCUGAAAUAAAAAUGGAAAACGGCAAGUCCAAAGGCUGUGGAACUGUAAGGUUUGACUGUCCAGAAACAGCUGAAAAGGCCUGCAGGUUAAUGAAUGGCAUCAAGAUAAAUGGCAGAGAGAUCGAUGUCCGUUUAGACCGCAAUGCAUAAUUUUUUUUCCCCCCCAGAACAUUCCCACAUUUGUUUACUUUUUUUUUUGGUAAUAAAAUAGUAACCGUGAAUUCUGAUAGCUGAAAAAGGUUGUAUUUAGUCUUAACUUUAACAGUUUGGUGUUUUUCUGUUUUUGCUAUGUAUAACUUUUUUUUAAACACCAUAUCUAUAGUCAUUCAGUUUAAAUGAAUGGACAUUAUGUUUUUAAUAGUCACUUUUCCACAGCUAGUUUAAAAGCCUGCAUUGUGGCGGUAUUUCAGUGCUGUAUUUAUGUAUUUUUUAAGCUUCUUUGUCCACAGUUCCAAAAUAAGCAAAUAAAUUUCUAGUCUGACCGGUUGCACAAAA